AAAGGACUGGAUUGCACACCUUUCACAUUGUCUUGUUGGAUACACAUCUAGACUGGAAUAUGUGCUUCAGGAGCGAAGCGAACUUCAGAGGCUCGUGAACAUCUGGGUUCAGCUACUCUUCAGCUCAUAGGUUUCUCUGCUCAACACUUCCAUUUUCUCUUAAUCUGCUCCCGUGGAUCUACAUGAUGAGUGACAGCAAAGAGAAACCCAAGGGCAGCAAAAAAGGGACCAAAGUCAAGCCAAAGCUUGAAAGCAAGGGUAGCUUCAAUGUGGGAACUUCAGAGCAACGGAAAAAGCCUCUUAGGAGAAGCCGCAGCAAUGAUAUGGAAAACCGCCAUCAUCAAAGUAGCCGAGGUAGAGAACGGGACCAGAAAGAGGGCGGAAGGCAACAACGGGGUCACAGCGAGGAGGGAAGGAAGCGAGACCACAACAAUGAGCCUGGACACCACAAGACCGAGCAACCCAUAGAUGAUCUGCUGGACACGGAGUGCAUCGUGUGCUUCUGCAGCUUUGACAAUGUCUUCAAAGCUCCCAAGUUACUCUCCUGCGGCCACACAUUCUGCUUGGAAUGCCUGGCACGCAUCAAUGUGAGUUCUCCAGAGAUCAAGACGUUGUCUUGUCCGAUCUGUCGGGAGCAGACGGAAAUCCGACACGGUCGAGAUCUACCACAUUUGGGAAAUAACGAAGAUAUCUUCCGCAGACUUCCGGCCGAGAUGCAACGGGCGCUUUCUGUGCGCUUUAAACGCAGCGAGGGCAAACUCGUCCUCAAGAAUCCGCCAACAAACAGCUCUUUUAAUACCAUUUUAAAUCUGCCGGUGUUUAAGAAGAAAGAGGAGCAGGUCAGCAGUAAUCCGCUUGGAGUCAUGGAGGAAGGUCUCAGCCAGGCCACUAUGAUCGACGUGGGAAGGCCGCCAAGCAGGAUGAGGGGUCACAUGAGAAGGAUAAUGUAUUCCAAUCAGUGCUAUUAUGCUGUCGUUGCUGCCAUCAUCGCAAUCACUGUGGGUUUAAUGCUGGUGGGCAUCUUCACUUUUGUGUUGCCCUAUAUGCAAAGAACAAAUAGUCAAUCUCAGAACCCAACUUCUCCAAAGCCUUGAGAGAUGAGGAAACUGACAGCGCACAAGAAGGAUGACGGGCAAAGCAAAACAAGCUUGUUGCACUGAACACAACACAGCAUUUUUUGCUUUUGUGUAAGAUGUUUCAGACAGGCUCGAUAGGAAUGAACUGGAAAAACUUGAACGUAUGAUGCACUGAAGUCUGUUGAGCGCGGACGUAUUUUGCACAAACUGAGACACUGUUUUGGAAAGGUUUUUAAGAGCAAGAGGCAAUGAGGAUGUCUAUUCUGACCAAUGAUUAACUGUAU